AUGGGAAAUCUUGGUGACCUGUCGCCCCAGGGUAGUGUCGCGGUCGGGGUAAUAGUCGGCUUGAUUUCGACCAGUCUGCAAGCCAUCGGGUUGACACUACAGCGCAAAUCGCAUUUACUCGAGGACGAGAAACAUCCCUAUGACAUACGACGACCACCAUACAAGCGUCGAAGAUGGCAGCUAGGAAUGCUAAUGUUCGUUGUUUCGAACAUUGUGGGGAGUACGAUCCAAAUCACUACACUUCCGCUUCCAGUGCUCUCAACCCUCCAAGCGUCGGGACUGGUUUUCAACACGAUCUUCGCCACUUUAGUUCUCGGCGAAGCGUUCACCAGGUACUCCUUUAUCGGUACGAUCCUGGUCUGCAUUGGUGCAGUCUUGAUAGCUAUAUUUGGCGCUAUAGGGGAGCCGGCGCAUAGUCUGGAUCAACUGCUGGAGCUUCUUCAGCGACGCAAUUUCGUACUCUGGAUGGUGGGGACAGCGGUCAUUGUGCUGGUCAUUCUGCUCGUCUCAAAGUCACUCAAGCUUCUCGCCUCUCCGCACCGCUCAAGGCAUGCAAGUAUUCGACAUACCUGUACUCCGCAUAUACCAAUGGCCCCGAGCCGUGUCAGGCUUAUCCGCGGUCUAUGCUAUGGUCUGAUCAGUGGCAUUUUGUCGGCCCACUCCUUACUUUUAGCGAAGUCAGCUGUCGAGCUUCUUGUCCGAACGAUUGUGGAUCGCGUGAAUCAGUUUAAUCGAUGGCAGUCAUGGGUGAUUCUGCUCGCAAUGAUCUCCCUUGCACUGACGCAAUUAUAUUUCUUACACCGUGGCUUGAAGUUGUGCAGUACGAGCAUUCUUUAUCCUUUCGUAUUCUGCAUCUACAACAUCAUCGCUAUCCUGGAUGGUUUGAUCUACUUCCGACAACUGUCCCAGCUGGCAGGUUUCCACGCUGGCCUGAUUGCUCUCGGAACGGUCGUUCUGCUGAGUGGAGUGCUCUGUCUCUCGUGGCGAUUGGAGAUUAUCGACAGCCAUGCGUCUGUGACCGUUGUUGGCCCUUCUCAAACCGGAUUGGGUCCCGGUAUGGCUGUUGUUGAGGAGGACACGCAUUCUCCUCGGGAAGUUGGCGAAGAGGACGAAGAAUUGCACGUCGGAGAGCGACAGCCUCUCCUGCAGGCAUUCCACCCGCCGCACGUGUCCCCUCAUGGACGGACACCCAGUUUACCUCUGUUUUCAUCGACUCCUCACCAAACCCCAACUGCUGACAUGGACCCGUCCUCCAUCUGGGCUGAGCUGGAUGACUCGGACUACGAAUACACCGGUAGGGGUCCCCUCUGGCAACUCCGUCCUCGAAGCAGCACCCUGAGGGAAAGUGUUCACCGUGGGCCCCGGCACUCGACAAUUGGCGCAGUCGGUCAAAACACCUGGACAAACCGUAGAAACGCCCGCUCAGUCUACGAAGGAGGACACCAGCGAAGAACUUCAGUCCCGGGCCCUGACUAUCGACAAUCUCUCCAAAAAACAAGCACCUACUUUGGCGCCUUCCGAGGCAACCACUCAAUUCGCUCCAUCGGCUACGGCACAUCGGGUGAGAGCGAGCGCGGACGUGGACCUGAAGGAUCGAAUUACCCCAUUUCAUCAAGUAGCGGUCGCGAACCGCUCCAACUCUCGGCCACUCCAUCCAGCGGCGGCCCCCUUGCAGGCUCGAGAAACGCCUUAGCCCAAGCGUGGAGAAGUGGCCUACGAUAUCUCUCGCGGUGGACAAGACACCGCCCACGCAGUGGAUCUCAAUCACACGAUCCUCUACUUGACUCUUCCCAUUCCCCUUUACAUGACGGCUGA